AUGACUGAUCUAAAACACAUGAAUGAUGACCAAAUCUCAAGUUUUAUCAUUGACGUUUCAAGAAGACGUAUAAGGGAUGCAGAAAUGGAAUCAACUGCCGAUGAUAUUGCUUCAAUUGCCUUCAAUGCUGGCCAAGUUAGUCAGUCAAUUAAGCGUAUAAUAGCGAACCCUUCAAAACAACAAAUCGAGCAGUUUAAAGAAGCUACAACAGACAAAAGAGUCUUGUAUUUAUUAGAAAGUCAUGAUGUUUCAUUAGGCCUUGAAUUGAAGAAUCAAUAUGAUCUUGGGAAACUUGAUAUAUUUGAUGAGAUUUUGAAUUACCAGCAUAACUUUGUUGAAGUUGAAGAUGAUUUGAUUAUGGAUAAUUUCAUCAAGAAUUCUGAAUAUUUUUUGCCGCCAAUACCAGAUAUUGAAGACCAAGAACUGAAAGAAGACAUAGAAGGAAAUAGAGGACUGGUAAACUAUAGCGAUCUGGGCAGAAGCUAUUAUGAAAAUUUUGUAAAUGAAUAUUUGAUGCAUAGAUUUGGUGAUCGUGAUAUUAAAAAAUUGGCAGUAUACGCAAAUAACCAUAAAGUUGCCUCACGUUGGGCAAGAUUAUAUGAGUUGCCUCUGGACUUGAAAGUUAUUCCAUAUGAAACUUUUUUUGCUUAUGUUGGUGCAUUGAUUUCUCAAUUUGGGUUCAAUUCAAAUGAUUUAGAAUUUGAAAUAAAAAACUGGUUGACUAUCUUGCUUGAACCAAUAUUGAUGCAAUUUGAUGAUAAAAUUCAAUUGAAAAUCAAUGCUAAAGAUGAAAUUCGCUCUCUAUUAGGUCAUGGGAAUAUUGAAUUUAGACAUGUUUUCACUAGUACACAUUUUGAACCAAUACAUCUUGUUCAAAUUUAUGCAAAUGAAAAUAUGCUUUUAGCAACAAGCAGUUCUGAUUCUUUAGCAAAUUCAGAAGCAAGAGCUUCAACAAUUGCUCUUUCAAAUACAAAGCUGAUUGAUAGGGCCCAAAAAUCGAUCAAGAAAGCUAAUGAAUCAAGAAACAAGGCUUCAUUAUCACCACAUGUCCCAGAUCCAAAUAUUCAACAUCGUUAUCCUCCUCAGCCUACAUAUCCAACAUACGGAUCAUACCAUCCAGCUCCAGCACCAAUGGCAGGGCCAAAUAUGGCAGGACCAAACCUGGCAAUGGGUCAUUCACCUUAUAUGGAUCAAUCAAAAGCUGUUGUCCAAGCAGGACAUGGUGCACCAGCCGCAGCUUAUCCUCAAGGAUUGGUCAAUCAAGAUUAUCAACGUCAGUUACAACAAGCAAGUGAUUCUGUUUUCGAAUGUCCAUUGGUUACUGAUGAAGCUGCUAUUGAUACUUCUUCUAAAGAGAAGCUAAAUCAACUAUUGAUUAAAAGCAGGAUCAAUCCUGCUGAAUACAAAACUGAUAAAUUGAACAAUUCAGAUGUUCAAGUCACAUGUUAUCUUGAUAAUGUCCCAAUUGCUAAGGCACUUUCAACAAAUAAGAAAAAAGCUGGCCAAAUUUGUGCACAAUUUAUUUUGAACCAUUGGAAUUUCUUUCAUGACCGUUUCAACAAGUUCAAGCCAGGUUCUAAUUAG